ACCUAGAAGUUUUGCAGAGAGUCGCAGAAAUAUGUUGUCUUCGAAGUUUUCUGUAGCAAAAUGUGCCCUCACAAAGUCAGCAAGUGCUCUAGGAGCAAUGGCCAUGAGGAUGAAGCACACACUGCCCGACCUUCCAUAUGAUUACAAUGCCUUAGAGCCAUUUAUCUCAGCUGACAUUAUGAAACUUCAUCACACAAAACAUCACCAGACUUAUGUCAACAAUCUCAAUGUAGCAGAGGAAAAACUUGCAGAAGCCAUGCAUAAGGGAGAUGUCAACGGAAUCAUCCAGUUGCAGGCAGCCAUUAGAUUUAAUGGAGGGGGCCAUCUGAAUCACAGUAUUUUUUGGGAGACGCUCUCGCCCACAGGGGGAGGCGAACCAGAGGGCGCUCUCAAGGACUUGAUCCUUGAGGAGUUUGUAACGUUUGAUGCCAUGAAGAAAUCGAUGACCGCUGCCUCUGUUGGAAUUCAGGGGUCAGGCUGGGGCUGGCUAGGAUAUGAUAAGCCUGCCCACUCACUAAGAAUAGUCACUUGUGCCAAUCAAGACCCUCUACAAGCCACUACUGGUCUCAUCCCCCUGUUUGGAAUUGAUGUCUGGGAGCAUGCAUACUAUUUACAAUAUAAGAAUGUCCGACCAGACUAUGUGGAUGCCAUAUGGCAUAUUGUCAACUGGAAAAGUGUCACAGAGCGCUUUAAGGCAGCAUUGUAAACCAUAUUCCUAAAAGACAGUAGAGGAAUGAAUCCUCAUUUGAACUGAUUAUAUUUUUGGUGCAUUUGAUUGAUUUAAUAUUACAGUAAAAUACAUGAUGUACAAUACAGUUGAACAUGUUAAAGAUAAAAAACUAAUUGUGU